AUGCAUUUUGCAGCAGAUUAUUUUUUUAUUGACCUUUACAACCCUACAUUUAAUUCUUCUUCUUUUCCUCCCCGCAGGCCCGCCCACGGCAUCACCAUCACGCGGGUGAGCGUCCCGACCCCCCUGGCCGUGGGCGAGGGCGGCGUGCUGGAGUGCGAGUGGACGUACGACGGCGACCACGUGUACACCCUCAAGUGGUACCAAGGCAUCCGCGAGUUCUACCGCUGGACGCCGCAGGAGACGCCGCCGCCAAGCCUUCCCGAUGGACGCCCCGGCUCAGCGUCGACCUGCGGGAGUCCGAGGGCGGCCGCGUCAGGAUCCGCAACCAACCUUGUAAUUCUAUAUCUGUAUCUGUGGAGGCGCGUGAAGAAAUUGAGAGUCAUCAGUCGACCCCUCCUGACCGGAACGACGGAACCGCAGGUGACCUCUGACCCCGAGACGCAGCUGGAGACGGCGUGGCUCGGCCUGACCUUCUCGCUCCGCCCAGGCCAGGUCGAGCGAGGUCAGGUCAGGAUCAAGUGCGUGGCCUCUUACCCGAAGCUGUACUGGAAGAGCUCCGAGGUCGUCCUUCAGGGGUGGCGCGGAGGGCCUCGCCGGCGCCAGCGGGUAUAAUUCACAAGGCUUCUUGCUGACUGACUUCGCCCCCCCGCUGGACAUCGCCCCCGUCCUCUUGUUUCUCCCUUGUCUACACUUUAUCUUCGCUUUCUUCUAGUUCUCUCUUUAUCUUCGCCUUUUUUCUGGUUCUCUCUUU